AUGUCACAUCGUGAUACUGAUAAUAACAGUAUGCACAGCUUGCUGGACGAGAAGAUUAUUGACCUGGAAAAUUGUAGAAAACUAGUGAAAUCAUACAUUGACCUGCACCUGUACAGUGCCGCCUUGUUCUGGGCCGACAAAGUGGUCUCACUGAGCAAUGAGGAUCCAAAGGAUGUGUGCACUCUGGCGCAAUGUAUGUAUCUCAUGAAGCAGUAUCAUCGUGCUGCGCAUCUCAUAAAGAGAUAUGGAUUGGAGAAGAGCGACGUAAUGUGCCAUUACCUAACUGUGAGGUGCCUGCUGGAAGCAAAGGAAUAUAACGACGCACUUCAAGUAAUUAAUGAAUCCGAAAUAUGCACAAACAUAACGCAAGCAGGUAUCACCUUCGCUGAUCGCACCGACAUUUUUCAGGAUGCUCCAAAAAACGUUCAGAGCUCAAUAUUAUACGUGAAAGGAAGGGUAUAUGAAGCUAUGGAUAAUAGAGCAGUGGCGACCGAGUGCUAUAAGCAAGCCUUACAGUGCGACGUUUAUUCAUACGAAGCAUUUGAAGCCUUGGUGCAAAAUCAGAUGCUUUCAGCUUCCGAAGAGCGAGAACUGUUGGAAUCUUUACCAUUCACCGAACAAUGUACGAAAGGCGAAGCGGAACUCUUGCGACUGUUGUACGAUAGUAAAUUAAAGAAAUAUCAAGAACCGAACACGAAACAGUCGUUAAUUACAUGUAGCGUAAUGGGGAUUUGCGUCGCCGACAGAUUAGCGGACAAUUUGGACAUGGAAGUCGCAAAAGCUGAGAGAUUAUAUUACAACUGUGAUUAUCAUCAAUGUUUCUCGCUUACAGAGAAAAUCUUGAAAAAAGAUCCGUACCACAAUUCCUGUCUUCCGGUGCACAUUGCCUGUUUAGUUGAGCUUAAAAAAACCAACGCUCUGUUUUAUCUGGCGCACAGAUUGGUCGAUUUAUACCCGGAAAUGGCCUUAGCAUGGUUUGCAGUUGGAUGCUAUUAUUAUACUAUUGGCAAAAGUGAUCAAGCAAGAAGGUACUUGGCAAAGGCUACCGCACUGGACAGAUUGUUUGGUCCCGCUUGGUUAGCAUACGGACAUUCCUUCGCGGUUGAAAAUGAACACGAUCAAGCUAUGGCUGCUUAUUUUAAAGCGUCGCAAUUAAUGAAAGGUUGCCAUCUUCCGCUUUUAUAUAUCGGAUUAGAAUGCGGUUUGACGAAUAAUCUAAAACUGGCUGACAAGUUCUUUCAACAAGCUCAAGGAAUAGCACCGAACGAUCCCUUCGUGAUACACGAAAUGGGCGUUAUAUGUUUUUAUAAUUUAGAUUACAAAAAUGCAGAACGAUUAUUUAAGGAAGCUAUGAAAAGCAUUCAAGGCGACCUAAGGAACGUGAUUCUACCCAGUAAGUGGGAGGCGCUACUGAAUAAUCUGGGCCAUACUUGUAGAAAAAUGAAAAAAUACGACGAGGCACUAGAAUACCAUCAACAGGCGCUAGUUUUAGAUCCCCUGAACCCAUCGACUUACUCGUCGAUCGGAUUUAUUCACGCGCUAAUGGGGAACAUCCAGGAGGCAGUGGAUGCUUUCCACAGGGCGCUCGGUCUAAGGAGGGACGACACAUUUACCGCGACCAUGUUGGGUUACGUUAUGGAGCAACUGAUUGAUGAGGCACCCCCAUAUCCUGAUGCACCUACGGAGAUACCGAAAUAUAAAUUUGAGGAAAGUGAAGUCAGAUUGUCUGAGGAUAGCGAAGUUAGACUGUCUGUGGAGAAUUCCAGCAACGUGGGUAGCAGCAGCACGAGUGGUCAAAAUAUCGAUAAAUUAAGAGUGAAUCUGUUCUCUGGAAGCUGGGGAGAGAAUUCCGGCAAAGGAGAAGCCAGUACGCCCGGAAAGCUGGAGCAGCCAACGCGAGACGUGCUAGUCGUUAAUUAUUCGAACGGCGAUAGUUCCGAAGUUGAAAUGUUAGAUUCUUCGACCGCACAUAUAGAAUAUAAUUAGCUUGCAAACUUCUUUUCAAUCGGGAUAAAAAUAAUGGUGAUUUUUUUUUCACCGAACUGUAGCUUUGUUUAAUAUUCAGUGUAGCAAAAUGAUUGUAAAUAGCGUGUAUAUAUUUUUUCCUUUUUAUAUGUACUCUAAUUUUGAUACACCUUAUAAAGUCACACGAGCUUCUCGUGGGAAGAUAUUAUACUCCGUUGGUAUCGCAUCAGUCUGUAACAAUUUGUUAGCUUAAAAAAUAAAGAGGGCGAGGGUGAUUCUAAUAGUCAAGAAUCAGUUAUAACUAAUUUUUAUAUAGGGAAGGCGUUUUUUUCGCGUAUCUUAUUUUGUCUCAAAUAAAAAAUUUCUUUUUUCCCUAUA